AUGAGUCAUAGAAAAUACGAAGCACCAAGACACGGUUCCCUCGCAUUCCUCCCUAGAAAGAGAGCAGAGAGAAUAAGACCAAGAAUCCCAUCCUACCCACAGGACGAUGCCACCCAGAAGGUGCAUCUUACAACAUACUUUGCAUACAAGGCUGGUAUGACCCACGUAUUAAGAGUAGGAGAGAGAGAAGGAAGUAAACUCAACAAGAAGGAGAUCAUUGACCCAGUAACUAUUUUGGAGACCCCAAAGUGUGUUGUGUUCGGAGUUGUAGGAUACAAGAAGACCCCACGUGGUCUUGUCAACGUAAAGACAGUUCUUGCAGAGCACAUUGACGAAUCCGUUAAGAGAAGAUACUACAAGAGAUACUACAGAUCCAAGAAGACUGCCCUCUCCAACUACCCACUCAAGUACAAGAACGGAGUGAUCGAGCAGGAGAUCCAGGCCAUCAGAGACAACGCAGAUGUUAUCAGAGUGCUGAUCCACAGUCAGGCACCAAAGAUCAAGAUCCUGAACACCAAGAAGGCCCACAUCAUGGAGUCCCAGCUCAACGGUGGAACCAUCCAGGAAAAGAUUGACUUUGCACUUGCACACUUUGAGAAGGAGAUAUCCUCCCAGGACUGCUUCUCUAGAGAGGAGAUGAUUGACAUCAUUGGAGUGACCAAAGGAAAAGGAUUUGAAAGUUGUACCAAGAGAUGGGGAACUACCAUCCUCCCAAGAAAGACAAACAAAGGUCUCAGAAAGGUUGCCUGCAUUGGUGCAUGGCACCCAAGCAGAGUCAUGUACUCCGUUCCUAGAGCUGGUCAGACCGGUUUCCACCACCGUGUAAUGCAGAACAAGAGAGUGUACCUCAUGGGCGAUGGGCAGAGCACAGAUGCAUGCAAGACCGAGUACGAUCUGACUGAAAAGACAAUUAACCCAAUGGGAGGAUUCACUGGAUACGGUCACGUAAACAACGAGUUCAUCAUGGUUAAGGGGUCAGUAGUUGGACCAAGAAAGAGAGUCCUUGUCCUCAGAAAGAUUGUUGGAAGAAAGUACAAGAGCGGAAACGCAGAGUCCAUCAACAUCAAGUUCAUCGAUACCUCCUCAAAGAUUGGAAGUGGUAGAUUCCAGACUUCUGCUGAGAAGAAGCAGUUCUACGGAAAACUUAAAUCCGAUAUUACAGCUGAAAAUGAACAGGAAGAAUAA